AAACCAUGUAUGUAGGCUUCUCUUCAGCUACAGGCAAGCUCUCCAGCUCACAUUACAUCCUGGGGUGGAGUUUUCGGAUGAAUGAAGUGGCGGUUCCACUCAAUCCUUCACAGCUUCCUUCAUUUCUGAGAGCAAAGAAAUCAGAAAAGAGGUUGAAGUAUAAGGAUGUUGUAGAGGAUUGGGAACUGCAGUGCUCUCAUAGGUUCCCAUACAAAGACUUGUUUAUAGCCACCAAAGGUUUCAAGGACAGCGAGAUCCUUGGGUCAGGAGGAUUUGGUUGUGUGUACAAGGGAGUGUUACCUGCAACCAUAGAGGAAGUCGCGGUUAAGAAAAUCUCUCACAAUUCCAGACAAGGGAUCAGGGAGUUCAUGAUGGAGAUAGCAAGCUUAGGACGCAUGAGACACAAGCAUCUAGUACAUCUCCGUGGAUGGUGCAAGCACAAAGACGAACUCCUCCUAGUUUAUGACUUGAUGCCCAAUGGAAGCCUUGGGGACAUUCUCUUCAAUCACAAAAAGUCGGGGAUUCUCAAUUGGGAGCAGCGAUUCAGGAUCUUGAAAGGCGUUGCUUCUGCACUAUUAUAUCUUCAUGAAGAAUGGGAGCAAGUGGUUGUCCAUAGAGAUGUGAAGGCCAACAAUGUGUUAGUUGAUGCAGAUAUGAACGCAAGACUGGGGGAUUUCGGGCUUGCCAGGUUGUAUGAUCAUGGGAAGGAAGCCUGCACCACACAUAUAGUAGGCACAUUAGGAUACAUGGCACCAGAAUUAUCACGAACAGGAAAGGCCACAACUCAUUGCGACGUAUUUUCUUAUGGUGCAAUGCUCCUCGAAGUAGCUUGUGGCAGGCCACCAAUUGACCCAAAUGCCUCAUCCAGUCAGGUAUUGCUGUCGGACUGGGUAAGGGAGCGCUGGGCAGCAGGCUGUAUUAUUGAGGCAGCCGAUCCCAAGCUUGACAAUGAAUAUGUAAGCGAGGAGAUGGAACUAGUCAUGAAGCUGGGGCUCAUUUGUUGUCAAAAGAUGCCAGAAGCGAGGCCAACUAUGAGGCAGGUGACCUGUUACCUAGAUGGAAGUGAUAAUCUCCCUAGUGACAUUUCCCCAGAAUAUCUCAAUGUGAAUGGGAAUAAAUUGUAUGCAGACUUAUGUUCAUCAUCUCUGGGUGGCACCAUGGGAGGUGGCGUGAUCAGUUCCGGUUCACUGAAAGACGGCAGAUAUUAAAAGCUAUAGUUUAAUAGUAUGUUUCCACUAUAUUAUAUUGGGAGAAGGGAAGUGGUUACAUCUCUUUAUGAUAUGAAAAUGGUUGUAUUAGAAGCUCUAGUCGGUGAUAAAAGUAUUGUUAGGAGAGU